AUGACUCGCCGAAAUCAGAAUAGCUUAAAAAAGAAAAGACGUUAUCGGUCGUUUGCAUUGAAUACGAAUGCAUCGACUGCUAAUCCAACAUCUCGUCUUGAAUCAAUGGCAAAUUUGAUGAUUGAAGAAUUGAGAGGAGUACAACGGGAUGAUUUAAAAGAAGAAUUACUGAAAACUUAUGCGACUAAGACGGCAUCAUCGAUUCAUUCAGCGUUUUCGUCUUCGAAAAUAAACCUAGAAAAGCUUUUAUCGAAUUUACACACAUUCGAUCGUUACGUCAACACUCCGGAUGAAAAUAAGCAGGAACAACGUAAGCAUACAGAAAUCUUUCAGGACGAGUCUUCGCCGGAAAUUAUGUCAAAGUCCAAAACAUGCCGGAGAAAACACUUGAAUGCAGCACCGCCAAUGAAUGCGAUAACCAGAACUAUAUGCACAAGAAGCACGAAAUUGAAUAGUUCAAAUGAUCAGAAUAGUUCGAUCAUUUCAAGUCCAGUACGGAAGCGGUCAUCAUCGUCAGCAGCGAAAGACAAUAAUGUCAAAGAAACUUCAACUACUGAUAAGGAAAAACAUGUUCUAACAGAAAAACUGACUGAACAGAGUCAUCCGGAGGUCAUCGGUACCGAUAAUUCUAAAUUUUUAUGCGACUUAAUACUAGUUUUGCUAGGAGAAGAUGUAUCCAAUGUGAAAGUAUCUCGUCGGAGACUACGAUCAGUUCUUCAAUCAUCGUCCGAAAAUGCUGAACUAAAAAAUCACUUUUAA